CAUGAUACGUCUACGGUAUGGCGCCGAACUCACCCCAUCCGGCAGAAUUACUAUGCGAAGGACCAAUGGUUCGGUACUGAGCGAAUGUUUUUUGGUCUCCAAUGCGGUGAUCUUCGUCUGGGCACCCUGGCCAUGGGAAUGCACAGCAGCCGGGGGCAUGACGUGGGAGUUUCCCGAAUUGUCUAUCCGCAGAGAUUGCAAUGCGCCCACUUGUUGCCUCUACAUUAUCAGUUAUUGAUGACAGGUAGGAGCUUGUUAAGUCUAUCUGUGCAUAUGAAGGGAUUGCGCCAUUCAACUCUACACCUUGCACCGCGUCAAUGCGGUCUGAUUGCGCCAGCUCCUUCCUCCGGUGACAAUAAACCUCGCUUCCCUCGUUGGCUUAAGCGAUAUUCCAACUUCCAUUCGGUGAGCAACCUGCCACUUCAGGGUGGAAAUGUUCUUUAUAAUAACCGCUGUCUUCUGUGGAUACGUUUCGAGU